AUGCUGCCUGCCACACACCGCGCGUGUAUAUCGCGCCCAGGACGUGCUUCGGGGCUCCCUGCGCGCCAUGAUUGCCGCGUGGCGCCAUUGAGAUCGACCGUGACCUGCCGCGCUGAGGACGGCGAUGGCGGCGCGCUCGGCGCCAGCAGCGGCGGCAGCAGCGCCGACAGCGGAGGCGAGGCGGGCGCCACGGGGCGGGUGCGCUCAUACCACGAGCUCCUGAACAUCUACAAAUCCAUGAACCCUGUUCCAAGCAAGAAGAAGAAGGACGCGGGUGGCGCCAAGCAGCAGAAGCAGUCCACCAAGGGCGGCAACGCGAACGGCGGCGGCGGUGCUGGCAGCAAAGCCACGAGCGGCCGUGCCGGCCCCGCUUCUCGGGGGCAGGAGCAGCAGCAGCAGCGCCGCGGCGGCGGCGACGGCGACAGUGGCGGCAACAGCGAUGCAGGCAGGGGCAGCAAGGCCUUGCGGGGCGCAGCGGCAGCCGGUGACAGGGCGGCAUCGCAGCCACAGGCAGCUGCAGUUGCCGGCAAGGCGGACGGCGCCCCAAGCCCCGAGCUGGCGCGCCUCGCCUCGCCGCAGCCAGCGGCGCCGCGUGGCUUUGGCACCCCCAGCAGCAGCAGCGGCGGCAGCGGCGGCAGCGGCGCCGACGGCGCCGGCAAGCGCGGCGACGCCCGCGCGGCGCUCGCGGCGGCCGCGGCCGCCG